AUGCUUGAAAGAGAGCCACAGAAAGAGACACUGCCCCCUGCCUUUAUCCCUGUGGACGUGAGGCCUGAACUGCUGCCCACGGCAUGGCACAAGCCUACCGAGGAAGUCUACGCAGAGAAGGGGAGAUGCAAACCCCUCCACCACCUCUACCAUCACAACCUACUCCUUCACCACCACCUCCACCACUUCUACCCUUACAAACACCCACCACCAUCACCUCCACCACCAACACCUCCACGUCCACCACCUCCACCACCACAACCUACUCCUUCACUACCACCUCCACCACUUCCACCUCUACAACCACCACCUCCACCACCUCCACCACUACCUCCACCACCUCUACCACCACAACCUACUCCUUCACCACCACCUCCACCACUUCCACCUCUACAACCACCACCUCCACCUCCACCUUCACCACCUCCACUACUACCUCCACCACCACCACCUCCACCACCUCCACCACCUCCACCACUACCUCCACCACCACAACCUACUCCUUCACCACCACCUCCACCACUUCCACCUCUACAACCACCACCUCCACCUCCACCACUACCUCCACUACUACCUCCACCACCACCACCUCCAUCACCUCCACCGCCAUCACCUCCACCACCACCACCUCCACUUUCACCACCACUACCUCUACCACCACCACCUCCACCACUACCUCUACCACCUCCACCACUUCCACCUCCACCUUCACCACUGCUACCUCCACCACCACCACCUCUACAACCACCACCUCCACCUCCACAACCACCACCUCCACCUUCACAUUCACCACCACCUCCACCACCACCACCUCAGCCACUACCUCUACCACCACCUCCACCACUUCCACGGCCACCACCACCUCCACCGCCACCACCACCUCCACCACUACCUCUGCCACCACCACCUCCGCCACCACCACCUCCACCACCACCACCUCCACCUUCACCACCUCCACUACUACCUCCAUCACCGCCACCUCCAUCACCUCCACCGCCAUCACCUCCACCACCACCACCUCCACUUUCACCACCACUACCUCUACCACCACCACCUCCACCACUACCUCUACCACCUCCACCACUUCCACCUCCACCUUCACCACUGCUACCUCCACCACCACCACCUCUACAACCACCACCUCCACCUCCACAACCACCACCUCCACCUUCACAUUCACCACCACCUCCACCACCACCACCUCAGCCACUACCUCUACCACCACCUCCACCACUUCCACGGCCACCACCACCUCCACCGCCACCACCACCUCCACCACUACCUCUGCCACCACCACCUCCGCCACCACCACCUCCACCACCACCACCUCCACCUUCACCACCUCCACUACUACCUCCAUCACCGCCACCUCCAUCACCUCCACCGCCAUCACCUCCACCACCACCACCUCCACUUUCACCACCACUACCUCUACCACCACCACCUCCACCACCUCCACCACAACCACCUCCACUACUUCCACCUCCACCUUCACCACUGCUACCUCCACCACCACCACCUCUACAAUCACCACCUCCACCUCCACAACCACCACCUCCACCUUCACCUUCACCACCACCUCCACCACCACCACCUCCACCACUACAUCUACCACCACCUCCACCACUUCCACCACCACCACCACCUCCACCAUUACCUCCACCACCACCACCUCUGCCACCACCACCUCUACCACCACCACCUCCACCUCCUGUACCACCACCUCCACCACCACCUCCACCACUUCCACCACCUACACCACCACCUCCACCACCACCAGCACCACCUCCACCACCACCAGAACCACCACCACCUCCACCACCACCACCAGAACCACCACCACCUCCACCACCACCACCAGCACCACCAGCACCACCACCACCACCACCACCUCCACCACCUCCACCACUACCUCCGCCACCACCACCUCCACCACCACCACCUCCUUCACCACCACCUCUACAACCACCACCUCCACCUCCACUUUCAUCACCACUACCUCCACCACCACCUCCUGUACCACCACUUCCUGUGCCACCACCUCCACCUCCAUUACCACUACCACCACCACCUCUACCUCCACCACCAUAA